AUGUCCCUGUCGAGCUUCACAAUCCCUCGCGACCUCGAUCGUGCGGCGUCCGAAUCUAUUCCCGUCUCAUCCACCGCAGACUUGAGCCAAGAUGCUCUGCUGCGGUUCCCCGCCUUUCGGAUCUGGUUGAACACCCUGCAGCGCUCGUUGGACCGUCAACAACAGCCGUCCCACGAAUUCUCCCAGGAUCCCUACGUCUUGCGCAAAAUUGACAUCCAGGCAGUGGAUUACUUCGGGGGUGGUCGCCUGGGCUUCGUGAAGCUGAAAGCGGAGGUCUCAAAUGGGAACGGCGAGACGCUGCCGGGGAGUGUCUUCCUACGCGGUGGCAGUGUCGGCAUGCUGCUCAUCCUUCAACCUGACGAUGUCCCCCCGUCCAAUGAAGAAGAAAAACGCGUCCUCUUGACCAUCCAACCUCGCAUCCCGGCCGGAUCCCUGGCCUUUACAGAAAUACCUGCUGGCAUGCUGGACGACAGUGGCUCGUUUGCGGGCGGUGCGGCGAAGGAGAUCCAGGAGGAGACCGGGUUGAAAAUACCCCAAGGGGAGCUAAUUGACAUGACGGCGUUGGCCCUCGAGUCGGUCGCCGUAGCAGAGGACGAGGAGUCGCUGCAAAGGGCUAUGUACCCUUCGGCGGGCGGCAGUGACGAGUUCAUACCUUUGUUCUUGUGCCAGAAGCGAAUGCCACGCAAGGAGAUCGAUGACCUGCAGGGUAGGCUGACUGGGUUACGGCAACAUGGAGAGAAGAUAACGCUGAAAGUGGUGCCAUUGAAGGAUCUAUGGAAGGAAGGUCUGCGGGAUGGGAAGACCCUCGCCGCGUGGGCUCUGUACCGGGGUCUGAGAGAAGAGGGGAAACUCUAG